AUGGUCAACCUGUUUGACACUAGUGAAGAUUGGUCCUUCUUUUCUGAUGACGAGGCCAUUGAGGAUGGCGACGAUAUUGAGGAUGAAAGCGAAGCCGUGUCUCUACCAGACAGCAGCGAAUCUGAGGAGGAGGUAGAAGAAGAGCCUCAGCGGGAAUGGUACGAGCUACCUCACAUUCGUGAGGUUGACAGGAGUUGGGAUGAGGAAAUUGCGUUGGGUAGCGAUGCGUCCUGGAGCUGCAAUGACCAUUUCUACUCUGAUUACUCUGAUGACUGA